AUGCAAGGUCGGAUAACUUGGACUCCCUACGAUUAUUGUUUUCCAGCAAUAGAAGAAGAAGAGAAGAGCAGUAGAGUAACUAACAGAGCAACAGCAACAGAUUCAGCCAAACAAGCAUCAAAAGCAGUGACAACAGCAACAACAACAAAGAAAUCUAUUAUCCUUUUGUUGGAUGAUACUGCUACUACUGCAUUGAGUAUUUGUCGACAUCCUAUCCCUCUCUUCUCUUCUCUUACCCCAACCUCUAAUCUGGGAGGACUAAAUACAGCUUGGCUUAUAUCCGAUAAUAAUAAUAAUAAUACAGCAGAGUAUUAUGUUGAUGAUGAUCGUUGGUUGAUGGGGGAUCGAUCCACUUUAAUCAUUAAAUUAUUGUAUGGUCAGGUCAUUGGUUGUUGGGUUUGUGUCUGGAUGGUAGGCAGCUUAAGCAGAGCAGCUGAUGAUGAUGCAGCGGUGCGCUGUAUUGGCAUUAGUAGUAGUAUCCAUGACUGGCCAGUCAGUCAGUCAUUGGUUCAUAGUUGGGGUAUGACUGGCAAUGACUUUGACUGUGAUAGUAAUCCUUUAUAUCCUUAA